AAUCAAGCAGAGAUACAACAGUUAUAAAGAUGUAUUCAUUUCUUUAUUUAUUUUAACAAAAACAUACCCGUCAUAUGACUAUGGCUUUGAUCAUCUUAUUCAAAUAACCUGAUAUGUGAGUGAAAUAAAAUAAUCUAGCACAAUUUCAGAUGUUGUAGCGCCAUCUCAUGGUAGGCUAAUAAAGAUAAUUUAGGAAUAUCUGUAGGCUAGUGAAACCAACGAACGUGUUUAUGGUAGGGGGAUGCUGCCAUUUCCAGUCUAGAGUAGACUAGCCUAUAACUUUAAUUUGAAUAAAAGGAUAUUAUUAAAAGAAAUACUGAUAUCUUAUUGUUGAACGUCAAAUGGCACCUAUAGGCAAUAUAAUUAUUUGAAAAAAAAACUAGGCUCACACCUUCCCACAAGGACUCGAUUCUUCAGGGUGUGUUCUCUUGGCUAUUUUAUAAAUCAAAGUUCACAUAAUAAAACAAUCAUCUUGAAUGUGGAACUCAUGGUGGAUUUACUGUACUGUAAUCUGAUUGGCCAACUGCUGAUGUGUAGCCUAUGCCUUGUCACAUGAUAGAAACCGGAAGCGAGAUCAUGAGUCUGUACGGUGGUGUGGAGGGCGGUGGAACACACUCCAUUGCACUCAUCGUGUCUGACGAUGGAAAGAUGCGUGCAAAGACCGACGGACCUAGCACAAACCACUGGCUCGUCGGGGUGGAUAAGUCCAUUGAAACUAUCAAUGACAUGAUUCAAAGGGCCAAAGGUGCAGCAGGUCUGGACCCAGACACACCUCUCCAGGCACUGGGCAUGUCCUUGAGUGGCGGGGAGCAGAAGGACGCCAUCCAGAAGCUCAUUGACGAGAUGUACCGGAGGUUUCCAAAGCUAAGCAAGAGUUAUUACAUCACCACUGAUGCCAUCGGGGCCAUCGCCACUGCCAGUGACCGUGGUGGGGUUGUAGUGAUCUCUGGAACAGGAUCAAACUGCAAGCUGGUGAACCCUGAUGGCUCUGAGGUGGGAUGUGGAGGCUGGGGCCACUUGAUGGGCGACGAAGGCUCAGCUUUCUGGAUCUCCCAUAUGGCUGUGAAAACAGUGUUUGAUGCCAAAGACAACUUAGUGUCUCCACCUCAUGAUGUCGCAUAUGUUAAGAAGGCCAUGGAGGAGUACUUCCAGGUGUCUGACCUGAUGGGCAUGCUUCCCCACCUCUACAGAAACUUCCAGAAGUCUCACUUUGCUGGAUUCUGCAAGAAAGUAGCAGAAGGUGCUAAUGCUGGAGAUGCCCUUUGCCAGCACAUCUUCACCCAGGCGGGGAGGGUCCUGGCACAGCAUAUUGUUGCUGUCCUCCCCCAAGCCCAGGAGGCUCUGUUCUCGGGGGAGCUGGGGCUACCCAUUCUGUGUGAGGGAGCCGUGUGGGCCAGCUGGGAGCUGAUGAGGGCCGGUUUCACUGAGGUGUUGGCGCAGGCGAAAGGGUGCGGUGGAGGCCACUUCCGCGGGUACAGCCUGAUGACCCUGCAGCAGUCGUCCGCCCUGGGUGGCGCCAAGCUCGGCGCGCAGAACAUCGGUGCCACACUUCCACUGGACUACGCGGCCAACGUCAACGUCUUCUACAAGCACUCCUUCACUGAAGAAUCUCUGCAGGAGUCAGUACAAUUGUUGACUUUAAAGCAAUGACUGGUGGGCUGCAAAGAUUUGCAUUGUGAUCAUUUUGAUUCAGUGAUCACUUGACCUAGUACCAUGAGCAUGACCUUUGAACCCUGAGUCCUGUACUUGAAAUAGGUGCUGGUCAGCAUAUUAUUUAGCAAAUGAUCAUGAAAUGAUAUGAAGUGAUUUGUAACAAAUCUGAAUUGAAUCUGUUUGUUUUGAUAUUACUAUUAUUAUUUUUGUAUUUUCUGAAAUGGAUGCAUGCUCAGAAACUGAUACUGCUAUAAAACAUUCUUAACUGUAAACAUUAUUAUAUUGUAUAAUUUAGUUGUUUUCAACAUUAAUAUGCAAAUUAAUCCUAUUGGGAUAUCUCCUGUAGUGAUAUCAAGUAACGGCAAAAGAAUAUUUUUGUUUGUUUUUUGGUAAUCCUUCCACUUCAGAUGUCAUUAUAUCAAAUAAACUGUUUACAUCA